CCAUUAGGCAGACCCAUUAUUUCUGCUUGCUUGCGCAUGAUGAUUUUUUUUACAACAAAAGUAAUGCCGUAUUUUGCCAGAGAGCAAAUUGCUCACCUGCUGUUUUUUUCUUUCUGUUUUUACAAGUAAGGGAGAAAUAAAUUUAAAGUGAUGGCCGUACAAUAUUGUUUAUAGCUCAAAGUGCUCUUUUUAUCCGAAACGGUGAGCAAGGUGAAAAGACGAUGUAACUGUUUUCUCAUGUUCGAAUUCGAGGAUUUUUUUCCCAACCGACUCUUAUGUGGGGAGAUUUGACAGAAGACAGCCGUGCUAAACUCCAACCAGCAUAUUUCUACAUUAAAAUGGCUACGAGCUGCUUCUGAAGUUUCGUAGGUUGUCGCCUUUGCGUGUAUAUGUUCGGAGAUUUUGGACUUUAAUUCCCGGUGACGAUAUGAAGCUCUGGCAGAAAUCUCUUGUGCUCAUCCUAGCGCUCUUCCUCUAUCUGUUCCUCGGGGCGCUGGUCUUCCGGUUCCUGGAGGUAGGGGCCAACGAAGCAGCCCAGCGGGUCUUCUUGGACGAGGUGGAGGCCUUCUUGGACAACCACACCUGCGUCUCGGAGGAAGACCUACGCGAGCUCUUCCGGGCGGUGGAGACAGCCCUCCUGAGCGGGGCCUUCAAGCUGGACAGCGAUCCGACCAACGAUCAGGACUUGGUCGUCUGGGACAUGCCCAGUGCUGUGUUCUUUACGACCACUGUGGUCACAACUAUCGGCUACGGCAAUUUGGCUCCUAAGACCCCCCUGGGCCGAGUUGUGUGCAUGUUCUACGCUCUGGUAGGGAUCCCCCUGACAUACUGGCUUCUCUCGGCGGUGGGUGAUACGUUCCAGGGAUGUUGGCGACCGUGCCACGGCCUGAUCAAACGGUGCACCAAGCACCUCAAGCCCGGUUCCACCCGCACUGCGGUGGAAGUCAUCAUUAUCUGCAUCUGUCUUUACGUCCUGAUCGUCGCUCUACCGGGUAUCGUCUUCAGUUACCUGGAGAACUGGGACUUCUUCCAGUCGCAGUACUUCUGCUUCAUCUCGCUGAGCACCAUCGGCUUCGGAGAUUUCGUGCCGGCACAGAGCCCGGAGCUGACGCCUCUUUCACGCUGGCUGUACAAGCUGGGCACGGCGGCCUAUCUCAUCAUCGGUCUUAGCAUCCUGUCCGUGGCCAUCAAGGGAUUCCUGGACUCGCAACAGACCAAGCUGAACAAAUGGAAGGCCAGGAUAGCGGCAAAGCGGUUGGUGCAACUGCAUGAUCAGCAGCAGCAGCAAUCGCAGCAGCAGUUGGCUGGUGAACAUACAUUGCAAGAUUACGAUGACAAGAAUAAAGUAGUAAAGAUAAACGGGUGUGUAACGGAAAGCGAAGAAUUUUAUAAAUGAACAUUAACAAAUAAAAAUUGUAAGAUAACAUACCAAAGAGUAUUGGAGAUAAAACACAUGCACUAUUAUGUUAGUUAUUGUUUGUUUCAAAUCAAGAACUGAUUUGAAGUUAUUCCUGGAGACGGAAGAUUGGAAACAUACAAAAGAAUCGCUGGGAAUGUUGCAUGGGUGAAUGUGAAUUCGAAUAAGGCGUUUUGCCCUUCACUGAGCGUGCAUUUGACGAUCUGUGCAUUUUUCCUUCCCAUGUUGCCCAUUCUUUGUCUUUGUAACCCGCACACAAGUCAGAUGGGGUGUGUUAUUACAUGGCUGAAUCAUAACUAAAAACGCAAUUUUUGGGUUUACCAGAACGGGUUAAUCCAGGCUGGCAAAAAUGAGGUUGUCGGUUCAGACCCUAUCCUAAAGAGACAACAAAUUGAAGGGUGUUGAUCCAAGCCCAGGUCAUAGAAUUCGGUAACAUCUGAAAGAGGAACAAUGAUUUUUUUGUAAUUUUUAGCGUGUUUUUAGUCUAGUCCAAGACGGAAGGCUUUUUUAUAUGUUGUCUUUUAUAUAUCACCAUGUGAUCCUGGUAUAUGUUUUUAACUAUGUUUAAUAUGGCACUGAAGGUACAUCGUAAAAUAUAUAAAUGUAAAGUUAAUCAGUUCAGAAAUGUACAUGCACGUUUUGAAGGUUUGCUUGAACAAUUCCUUUACCACCGGGAUAAAAAAAUAAAGUUCUUAAAAGAGUGAAAUGA